UCAAAAAAUUCAAAAUAUAGAAAAAUCCAUUAUGAAUAUUGAAGAUAUGAUUUUUAAAGAUUUUUGUAAUAAUAUUGGCAUAUCGAAUAUACGUCAAUAUGAACAAGGAAAUCUAAAAUUUCAUCAGGAACAAACAAAAAGAAAAUUAGAAUUAGAAGAGCAAUAUAAUCGUAUUCAAAAUUUAUUGGAUUUUGAGAUAAAUCGAGAUACAGAAAAUGCGAUUCUUAAGAUGACAAAAAAUGUAAAAAUAGUUAAGAAUGAAUUAGAAAAAGCGCAUCAAAGUGCAAUUUUAUGUACAGAAAAUAAUAAAUAUGAAUUAAAUAAAUUAAAUAAUUUACAAAAUAUAUAUGAUGAAGCCAAAAAUAACAUUAAUAAAGAAACAGAAAACGUUAAUAAGUAUAGAUGUAACAUCAGUAUCAUUUCAAAAUUAAUUAUAAGUACUCAAAAGGAAAUUACAAUAAUUAAAACAAAUAUUAAGAAGAAAAAAGCAAAGUGUUAUGCUAUCUUGAUAAAUUGUAAGGUAGAAAAUAUUAUUAUUCCAUUUCUAUCUGGAAAUAUCGCAAAUAAUUUGGAAGAUAUAGAAAUAUCUGAUUCAUUAAACAGUGAAGAAAUGCACGAUAUAGAAAUCCUUUCACGCAUAGACUUUGACAUAUUAUCUGAAGAUAUUAAAAACCGAACAGAAGAAAAUAUUAAUAACUCAAAAAAUAAACUCGUGAAAGAAAUUGAAAAAUUACAAAAUAAAAUAGAAUCUAUAAAAAAUCCAAAUUUUAAGGCUAAUAAAGAAAUUGAACAUACAAUUGAAAAAUUAAAAGAAACAAAUUUUAAAUAUCAAGAACUACGUAAGAAAAUUAAUUUAAUUAAAAAACAAUUUGAAUUAGUAAAACAAGAAAGAUAUAAUAGAUUUGCACAUUGUUUUGAAUAUAUUACUACAAAAUUAAAUUCUAUUUAUAAGUGUUUAAUGGAAGAUGAAUCGGUUCAAGCUAUUCUUUUACCGGAAAAUCUUGAAGAACCAUAUCUAAGUGGUAUAAAUUAUAGUUGUAUAAUGCCUGGAAAACGAUUUCAAUCAUUUUCAAAUCUUUCUGGUGGAGAAAAGACACUUGCCACAAUAGCUUUUUUAUUUGCAAUUCAUAGUUUCAGACCGGCUCCAUUUUUUAUACUAGAUGAAAUCGAUGCAGCUUUAGAUACUAUAAAUAUAAAAAAUGUUGUACGUCUUAUACAUUCUAAAAAAAAUGAAAUGCAAUUUAUUAUAAUAUCUUUAAAACGUGAGAUAUAUUCAUGUGCUGAUGUUCUUAUAGGAGUUUGUUCUGAUACCACUGGAGAAUACCCAGAAAGUUUAGUAUUUACACUUUCAUUGGAAAAAUAUCUUAUAUCGCAUGAAGAAUAA